UUGCACAACUUUUUUUUAUCGGAUUACACAGUGAGCGCGUUCGCGUCUUUCGAUCGAUGUGACGUGGGUCGUGUUUACGUCCGCAUUGUUUUUAUCUCCCGCGCAAAAACGCAAUACAGUUCUCCUGAGGGAGGUUAAGAGCGGCAGUAUCCCGUCCUCGAGCUUCGUCCAUUUGCGUUUAUCAUUGACGCUCCGAAUGAUCGCAAGUGUGCGAUUAUGGCAGCGAUAGAGGUCACAUUCCCAUCGGACGGUCCACCCGGAAAAAUUCUCAAAUGGAGAGUACGCUCGGACACGAUGGUCGCGGCGGGCAGAAUAUUGUUAUUGUAUCAAAACGCGACGCUGGCUGUCAACGACGACGUCAAAGAAUCGGAGAGGAAGCUACGAGCUACGAACUUUGGUCGCGUCAAGCGACUUCUCGUCAAGGAGGGUGAUGUCGUCCAGCCUGGGCAAGUGAUAGCUCUGUUGGAAGGAUGUACACAUCCCACUGUGAUGAUAGAUCUGUGUGCAGAAUGUGGUGCUGACUUAAGGGUACAAGAAACCAGUAAAGAUGGAAAUGCAGUUGGAAUAUCACAAGCCAGUGUACCUAUGGUACACAGCAUACCAGAACUGAAAGUAUGUCCGGAAUUGGCAGAAAAAAUUGGAAAGGAGGACGAACAACGUCUUUUAAUGGAUCGGAAACUAGUAUUGCUUGUGGAUCUCGAUCAAACGAUAGUUCAUACCACAAAUGACAAUAUUCCACCUAAUUUAAAAGAUGUUUUUCAUUUUCAAUUAUAUGGACCAAACUCUCCUUGGUAUCAUACCAGAUUAAGACCAAACACUCGGCAUUUUCUCUCGGAAAUGAGUCGAUUGUAUGAAUUACAUAUUUGCACUUUUGGAGCAAGGAUUUAUGCACAUACUGUAGCAUCGUUGUUAGAUAAAGAUGGAGUCCUGUUUUCCCAUAGAAUACUUUCUAGAGACGAAUGUUUUGAUCCAGCAUCCAAAACCGCAAAUCUCAAAGCUUUGUUUCCAUGUGGCGAUGAUUUAGUAUGUAUUAUAGAUGAUAGAGAAGAUGUAUGGCAAGGAUGUGGAAACCUGGUUCAGGUCAAACCCUAUAAUUUUUUCCGUCACACUGGCGAUAUUAAUGCACCACCAGGUUUGGAAAAAACCGAUGCAUCACGUUUGCCAGAACCGACAAAUUCAAAUGAAUCCUGUGUAGAUGAUGCACAGAAUAAAGAUAAUAAGAAUGAUGCAUCUGAAUCAUCAAACGAAGAUAAACAAUUAUUAGACAAUCCCUCUGUAGAAGAAAUAAGUCACGAAGAUAAAAAGGAUGAGAAGGCUGAGAGCGAGAUAAAAGAUAUAAAAAAUGAAAAAGAUGAAGAUACCAAAGCAAAUUCUGAAGAGAAUGCAGAAUCUAAUAUUCAAUCUAAUGUUACAAAAGAAGAUGAUAAAACAAAUAAGGAAGUAGAGGAAAAUAUAUCAACUGUAGAAACAGAUAAAAAUAAGCAAACAGUACCAAAACAGGAAAAUAAUGUAAUAGAUGAAGAUGAAGAUGAUUAUCUAUUAUAUCUAGAAGAUAUUCUUCGGAGAAUUCAUACAGAAUUUUAUGCUAUGUUGGAUCAAGAGAAUACUCGGAAAUCUUUGCGGGAUAUAAUCCCACGAGUGCGUUCUCAAGUACUGAAAGGAUUAUGCUUAACUUUUAGUGGCUUGAUACCCACUCAUCAAAAGCUUCACCAAAGCCGCGCAUACAAAGUCGCGAGAGCAUUCGGAGCGGAAGUGACUCAAGAUUUAACAGAGAAAACUACGCAUUUGGUCGCUAUUAGAAAAGGUACGGCGAAAGCACAUGCAGCUAGAAAAGACACAAACAUUAAAAUCGUGAAUUCAGAUUGGCUAUGGACCUGCGCAGAACGCUGGGAGCAUGUGGAUGAACGCUUGUUCCCUCUUACAUCACAGGCCCGCGGAUCCAGAGUACCACCACCGCAUUGCAGUAGUCCUGAACGUGUCGAAGAAGUAGAAAAUGAUAGUGCAAACUCUUUUGCCAAUUCUAUCAAUCCAUUAAUGUCAUUUACUCAAGAGGAGAUCGAAUUUAUGGAUAAAGAAGUAGAUGAGGAUAUGGAAGAGCUAGAUAUGAUUUUUGAAGAUGAGGAAGAUGCGGAUGAUGCGGAAGAAUGCGGUACGAAGAUACGUCAACAUACUUCCGAUUCUGAGGAUUCUAUGAACGAUGAAUUGGGUGUUUCAAAAAGAAAGAAGAGAAAAGUUUACAAUGGCAAUUCUGAGAAAAAUUCUAUGGAUAAAGAUGACAAUCGAGACAGUGAUGAUGAUGAUGAUGACAAUAACGAUAGUGAUGACGAUUUUGCUACACGUUUUAGACGAGGAGAGGAAUUACCCGAUGAUUUAGAUUUAGGCGAUAAUUCACAGGAUUCUGUAGACGACUUCGAAGAAGAUAACGAAGAUGACCGAGAAUGGAAUGCAUUGGGUGCUGCGCUUGAAAGAGAGUUCCUUUCUGAAUGAUUUGAAUAAUUAUAUAAUAAUUAUUGUAUGAUUAACUCAGGAUGUUUUGCAUUAUUUAUAAAUUUCAAGUUCGAUAGCUAAAGCAGGGUUAUUCAUAAUAAACGUUAUUUGCGUACUAAAAGUUUGAAAAAUAUUAAAAUCACUAAUUUAUGGAAAUCGAAACUUACAAUGGGAAAAAAAUGCUCUGUAUAUCGAACUAUAUCAAAUUUUCAAAUUUUGCACAUAUUUAAACAUAUGAUGAAUCAUUAGCAAGAGAUAAAAAUAAAUAAUUGUUCUUUAGAAGAAUAAUUUAUGAAACAGCACAUUGUGAAUAGCUCGCAUGCCAUUGAACAUAUUUUCAUGAAAGAAAAAUAUGUCGAAAAUCAAUUUUAUCUUCUGUAUAUAUAAUGCUAGAGAAUGAGAAAUUUAUUUUCUAAUAUUUUUAAAGCUAUCACAUUAACGUUGAUGAUCAUAAUUAAGCUUUUGUAAUGAAAUGAAUGUAUCAGAAAAUUUGAAAAUAAAAACUUGUAGAAC